AUGGGCAGGGACAAGUAUGAGAACGAGGAGCUGAUAAAAUACGGACUGCCGCACGACGUAUGGUUUCAUGUUGAGAGUCUUUCUUCCGCCCAUGUCUACUUGCGCCUUCCACAAGGUCACCCCUGGACGGACAUCCCCAGCGAAACUCUUGAGGACUGUGUGCAGCUUGUGAAGGCCAACUCCAUACAAGGCAGCAAGCAAGCCAGUGUGACAGUCAUCUACACACCAUGGUCCAACCUCAGGAAGUCAGCCAAUAUGGUUGCAGGAGAGGUUGGCUUCCAGGACCAGAAACUUGUAAGGAAAGAGGUUGUUCCAAAGAAGAUCAACGAAAUCAUCAACAGGCUGAACAGGACCAAGAAAGAAUGCGAACCGGACCUCAAAGGGGAGCAGGAGGCUUUUGAAGCGGAAAUGCGUCGCAAGAAGAAUGCAGAGGCACACCAGAGGAGGUUGGAGGAGAAGGCAACCAGGGAGGAGCACAAGCGGCAGAAAGAGUUGAGGUCUUACAAAACGCUCAUGCAGGAGGAGAAUAUGGUGACGAGCAAGCAGCUGGGCGAAAAAUAUGAGAACUAUGACGAAUAUGAAGAGGAUUUCAUGUGA